GUUCCACCGUCAAAGCCUUCCGAGAAAUUUUGAACUGGGAUGGCGUCGGGAGUGAGGGAGUUGCCAGGCCUUCCCCUCCAGGAGGAAGGAGUCUGCAGAGCGCGCCCUCGAGGCGGGCCCAUAUUUGUUCCGGGCCUCGUCGGCCCUCUUACUAGUGUUCCGCAGUUCCAGGCAUCCGUGGUCCGUGAAUUGGAGGGUUUAGAAAAGGACUUGUGCGAACUAUCAUCUCAGUCAUGUAAUGUCAAUCUCUCGGUUGAUGACUUGAAAAUUCUUUCCGAGGAGGACUUGGUUGAAAGGGCCCUCAAAGAAGCAUUUAAGCUUCCAGAGGAGACUGGAAGUGUUUCAAGUUCCGAAGAACAAUCAGUCAAAAUGAAUGCAGAUGUGCAUAAUGAUCCAACUGAUGAUUUCCCUUGCCCAGAAAGAGCAAACCAAGAAAGUUCCACUGAAACUAUGGGAUUUACAGCACCAAGUGAAGGCUCUUCUGAGACAGUUGUUCAUUCAGUGAAAAAGAAGAGAGGAAGAGUUUUUGACCGAAAUAGCCGUGCUGCAGAAUUAGAUGGUGCUGAUAUGUCAAAAGUAGAACAACUUGCACAAGUUAAAAGAAGGCAAGAUGAAGACAAAGCAAAGGCAGAACUUCAUUCACUCAGGGCUGAAAUGAAUGAAAGAACCACUUCAGUGGCCGAAUCUCAGGCGGUGAAAUCUUCAAGUUCAAUAUUUAUAACUUCUUCGUCAAAGAUGAAUGCAGCAAUUCCACAAGAGUUCACUCCAGUUCAGUUUCCUGAAAUUGUUCUAACCAUUGAAAUAUACCAUAACAUAAGAAAGGGACAAAAGAGCCAAGAAUUCCUUGUUCUAGGGAAGCAAACCCUCACAGAGUUGAGGGACAAAAUAUAUUGCUCGACAGAUCAACUUAUGCAGCAAGAAGGAGUGCACGAUCCCUCUGGAUAUUUUCUAAUUGAAGGCUCAUUCUGCAAUGAUUUGAGAGAUCGUUCUGCUAUAGACUACAGUGAACCAAUAAGGAACUGGUUGCAGAACAGCAAAGAUGAAGCACUUGCAAAGUGGGAAGCUAUUGUGUCAGGAAAUUCUUUUAAGAAACACAAAAGUUUGUUAGGUGGUGUUGCCACAGAGCAUCUUCCCAUCUUCAAGUCCCUUGCAAUGCAUAAGACUAGGUUCUGUGAUUUGAAGUUCCGGCUUGGUUCUUACUACCUUUAUUGUCAUCAGGGAGACUGCAGGCAUGCGGUUGUCAUCAGGGACAUGAGACUGAUUCAUCCUGAGGAUGUACAAAAUAAGGCAGCUUAUCCUUUGCUUAUAUUUCAAAUACGCACUGGACACAGGAAAUGCUCUAUCUGUGGCAUUUUUAGGGCAAAGAAAAUAACAGUCGAUGAUAAGUAUGCUCCUGAAAACCCUUCGUAUUUCUGCGAUAACUGCUACUUUUUGCUGCACUAUUCAGAAGCUGGUACACUGCUGUAUGAUGACUUCACAGUCUAUGACUAUUUUUGUGAAUAGAAGUUCAAGUUUUUGCUCA